GUCUGGUGAGGGAUUUUUUAGGUUUGUAGUAGUGUCGUGUGAGUGAAGAGGCAAUGAAUGAAGCAUGAAACAUUGGAUGAGCAUGAGGCGCAUGGCGGUAGGAGCAGUCUCAAACUCCACUCUUUUUCUACCUUCCUCUCUUCUAUCUUCUUCUAAACCUAAUCCCUUAACUAUCCCAUUCUCCUUCUCUCUCACCGAAACGUCACCGUUUUCCAUUUCUGUUCUCACUCGCCAACGCCGCUUCCUUUCCGUUUCUUCUUUAACCGCUGACCACCACAACCUCUCUGAUUUCGGAGAUGGUGACAGCGUUGCAAUUUCAAACGAAGGUUUGAAGAUGCUUCUCAAAGGGAUGACUUACCCUGAACUUGAAAAAUGGGUUCAAUCACAUGGAUACAGGCCUGGGCAGGCUAUGAUGUUAUGGAAGCGAAUGUAUGGAAACAACAUUUGGGCCCAUCAUAUUGAUGAGUUGGAAGGUUUGAAUAAAGAUUUCAAGAAAAUGUUGAAUGAAAAUGCCGAGUUCAAAGCGCUUACUCAGAAAGAAAUUCGCACAGCAUCUGAUGGAACAAGAAAGAUUUUAUUCACAUUGGAAGAUGGGCUGGUCAUAGAAACAGUUGUCAUACCUUGUGACAGAGGUAGGACUACUGUGUGUGUUUCAAGUCAAGUUGGAUGUGCUAUGAAUUGUCAAUUUUGCUACACUGGAAGAAUGGGUCUUAGGAGACAUCUUACUGCUGCAGAAAUAGUAGAGCAGGCUGUUUUUGCCAGACGGCUGCUCACUGAUGAAGUUGGUUCCAUUACAAAUGUUGUCUUUAUGGGCAUGGGGGAACCACUUCAUAACAUUGAUAAUGUCAUUAAAGCUGCAGAUAUAAUGGUGGAUGAGCAAGGGCUUCAGUUCAGUCCCCGCAAGGUCACCAUAUCAACCAGCGGGCUUGUUCCACAGCUUAAACGUUUCCUCCAUGAAUCAAGCUGUUCAUUAGCUGUUAGUUUGAAUGCAACUACUGAUGAGGUAAGAAACUGGAUCAUGCCUAUAAAUCGAAAGUACAAGCUGGAGUUGCUUCUUCAGACACUUCGAGAGGAGCUUUGCUUCAAAAAGAACUACAAAGUUCUAUUUGAGUAUGUGAUGCUUGAAGGAAUUAAUGACAGCGAUGGAGAUGCAGAGAGGCUUAUCGAGCUUGUGAAGGGAAUUCCUUGCAAGAUUAAUCUUAUCUCAUUCAAUCCACACAGUGGAUCAUUCUUCAAACCAACCAAAGAUGAAAGAAUGAUUGAAUUCCGGAAUACAUUGGCUGGUGCAGGAUUGGUAGUCAUUUUAAGACUUAGUAGAGGUGAUGAUCAAAUGGCUGCCUGUGGUCAAUUGGGUAAGCCUGGCACCAUUCAAGCUCCAUUGCUUCGUGUACCAGAGCAAUUCCAAAUGGCAAUUGGAAGUUCAGCUUGAUUCUUUGUGGAGGUUCUGUUGCAAAUUGAUCUAGGACACUUGUGGUGGAGGUAGCUAGGGAUGACUCCAUGCUGAGAAUGCAAGACAAAGAGCUAUAUUUGGAGGAUAUCUGUCUGUUUCCAUAUUGUACUUUUCCAUUUUACAGUUAAUUUAUAUUUAUUUUUAUAAAUGUGAAGGAUCGAGAUUCCUUGCCGGCUAAGAAGUAAGAAAUAAAAAUAGUUUAAAUGUUUUUAUUCUCUCAAA